AUGGAUGAAGAGGAAGAGAAAUUGAUUGAAGUGGAUCUUGAUAUCAAAGAAAAUGAAGUUGUGAGGGAAGAAGUGGUGGCACCGAAACCAGUAGUGAAAGAGAUAGUCACUGAGCCUAAGCCGGUUGUUAAGCUUCCUUUUCCCACCAGAAACAAGAAAAAGGGGCAACAUGAGAAAAACUUUGAAAAGUUCCUAGAGUUAUUCAAGAAGCUAGAGAUUAACAUUCCGCUGUUGGAGGCACUUGAACAGAUGCCUACUUACGCCAAGUUCAUGAAGGACAUCAUUUCUAAGAAGCGUGGUAUGAAGAUUCCAAUAAAGAAGAAAGAUCGAGGAGUUUUCACUGUCCCUUGUACUAUUGGAGAUAGGUCAUUCAAAAAAGCUCUUAUUGAUCUAGGAGCUAGUGUGAGUAUCAUGUCGUUAUCCAUUUACAAAAAGCUUGGUAUCGGGGUUGUGCAAGAUACCAGGAUGACACUCCGAUUCGCUGAUCAUUCGUUCAAGAAACCGUAUGGUAUUGUUGAAGAUGUUCUGGUGAAAAUUGACAAGUUUGUAUUCCCGGUGGAUUUCAUAAUUCUAGAAAUGCCGUAA